AUGGGUGACGCAAACUUCAGCUCCUCAGCCGCCCCCGUCACCUCACCGCCCGACUGGCCCCAGGGGCCUCUGGGUAAGGGAGGGGGGAACUUCUCGCUGCGGUGCAACGGCAGCGGCCUCGACCGGCUGCUGGGGAACACGUCGCACGAGCUGGCGGCCUACGGCCACGAGACGGGGCCUCUGCUUCCGCGCUGCGUGGAGAAGAACUGGGCAGCCCUGCUCAUCGUGGCCGUCAUCGCGCUCACCGUCACCGGCAACAUCCUGGUCAUCAUGGCCGUCUCCCUGGAGAAGAAGCUGCAGAACGCCACCAACUACUUCCUGAUGUCGCUGGCCGUGGCGGACAUGCUGUUGGGCCUCCUGGUCAUGCCCGUGUCCAUGGUGACCAUACUGUACGGAUACAGCUGGCCUCUGCCGCCCGCCCUCUGCCCAAUAUGGAUCUACCUGGACGUCCUCUUCUCCACGGCGUCCAUCAUGCACCUGUGCGCCAUCUCGCUGGACCGCUACAUCGCCAUUCGGAACCCCAUCCACCACAGCCGAUUCAACUCCCGGACCAAGGCCUUCAUGAAGAUCAUGGCCGUCUGGACAAUCUCUGUGGGUAUAUCCAUGCCUAUUCCCGUCUUCGGUCUCCAGGACGUCUCCAAGGUCUUCAAGAACAACAGCUGCCUGCUGACGGAGGACAGCUUCGUCCUGGUGGGCUCUUUCGUGGCCUUCUUCGUGCCGUUGGCCAUCAUGGUGAUCACCUACUUCCUGACCAUCCGGGCCCUCCAGAACGAGGUGACGCUGUGCCUGGACCAGCUGGUGCCCAAGCUCAAGUGGGCCGCGCCCUUCAGCUUCCUGCCGCAGGCCUCGAUGUCCUCCGAGAAGCUCUUCUUCCGCCGGUCGCUGAGCGGCCGCGAGGCGGCCCCGCCCUUCGGCCGCCGGACCAUGCAGUCCAUCAGCAACGAGCAGAAGGCCUCCAAGGUGCUGGGCAUCGUCUUCUUCCUCUUCGUGGUCAUGUGGUGCCCCUUCUUCAUCACCAACGUGCUGAUGGUGGUGUGCAAGGACGCCUGCGACCAGCGCGUUAUGGACGGCCUGCUCAACGUCUUCGUGUGGGUCGGCUACCUGUCGUCCGCUGUCAACCCGCUGGUCUACACGCUCUUCAACAAGACCUACCGCUCGGCCUUCUCGCGGUACAUCCACUGCCGCUACAAGGAGGAGAGGAAGUCGCUGCAGCUCAUCCUGGUCAACACCAUCCCACCGCUGGCCUACACCUCCACCCAGCUGCCCCUGGGCGACCACAUUGCCCCCGUGAAGAAUGGCGGGCGUGCUGGGGGCCGGCAGGACUGCCCCCUGGGGGACCCUGGGCGUCACCAGUCUAACAAAGAAACGUCAAGGCUGAAAUAUGAAAAAGUAUGCAAGGUUAACACAGCGCUGCCAAGGAGAAUGAACUAA